UUUCUACAAUGUGCUUAUCACCGUCACUCGCGUUACUUUCUACCUGGAUUUCUCUUUUAAUAUGUCAAAAUCAAUCAUGACUCCUCUCGGAGAGAAAAAACCCAUCAGGAAGCCUGCACAGGCUAGUUCAAGGAAAGGGUGCAUGAGAGGCAAAGGAGGACCGGAGAAUGCGCUCUGCACUUAUAAGGGUGUCCGCCAGAGAACUUGGGGCAAAUGGGUAGCCGAAAUUCGAGAACCCAAUCGUGGUGCCCGUCUCUGGCUUGGUACCUUCGACACCUCUCACGAAGCUGCCAUGGCUUAUGAUGCUGCUGCUCGUAAACUAUACGGCCAUGAAGCCAAGCUCAACUUGCCAGAGUUGCACCUCAACAAUAACCAAUUUCGAGCCCCUCCUGGCAACACCCAGGUUUCCCAAAUCCAAAUGGGAAAUCAAUCCCAAGUUCUGAAUAAUUCGGGUGCCAUAUGUUCAUCAAGCAGCAGCCCACUCAUUAAGCCAGGUGAAGUGAAUCCAGCAUAUAGCCAUGACACGAUCAUGCCAAUUUCUGACGAUAACGUGGAGUCAGAUGUGAAGGUAGCAGAAAAUGAAGGGAAUUUAGCGCAAAAUCAAGAAGGAAUGGACGAGUUAUGGGAAAAUCUGAACGUGAAUUUGCCCUUGUUAGACGAUUCAAUUUGGGCAGAGGCAGCAAUGUCAAUAGAUUUCCAGGCAAUGGAUGAUCCCAGAAUUUUCUCCGGAAACCUUAUGGAUGGAACUGGUUGGGACGCGUUGCAUACUCCGUGGUGCAUGUAAAAAUGCACAGCUCUGCUCUUCUUCUCAUGAUGGCUGGCCACGCAUUAGCCACCUCAAGUUUUCUGGGCUUUAUCGUGGCUCUUGUAUGUUGCACCAAUACACAUAUCAGUCACGUGCGCUAGUGUGAUUAUACUUGAAUACUUGCCAUGUAAUAUAUACCAAAAUAAUAAUAACAAUAAUACAAAUCCUAAUAAGAUAUAUAUAAAGAAAAAAAAAAAGUUUUAUUGUAUAUAUAUGUACAAACAAUUGUGGCAGCUAAUAUCAGUAAUUUCAUUUCCUGAUAUUCUGAAAAUCUAUUAAAAAAAAUUUCAUUCUCCCAUU